AUGGCUCCUGCGCUCAAUCUGCCAGCACCGGCGCAUGGCACCGAUAACACCCUCGCAACUGGAUCUGCGCCAUCCACCUCGAAGUUCGCAUCUACAGGCGGCAUCAUUUUCCCACCCCCUGAGCUGCGUAGGACUAUCGACAAGGCAGCAGAGCUUAUCGCCAAGAAAGAUCCUUCUUUCGAAGCCAACAUCAAGGCUGCCGAGCAGAGCAACCCAAAGUUUGCUUUCCUCAAAGAAGAUGAUGCCUAUCAUGCAUACUAUGCCUCUCGUCGUGAUGCUGUUCGACGUGGCGAGACUCUGACACCGGUCGUAGCCGAUCAGCAGAAUACGGCUGGCGCCGCGAAUCAGUCAGGUCCACCUGCAGGAGAUGGUCGCGAUGCACAAGCUGGUCUGUCUACUCAGGCUCCACCGGAGCCAGAACCGUUCGAAUUCUCUGCCGAUCUUCCCAACAUCACUGCAGUCGACCUCGACAUCCUCAAGCUCACAGCACUCUUCACUGCACGGAAAGGUCGAUCUUUCGCCACAUCCCUCCUCAGUCGCGAAGCCAAGUCUUACCAGUUUGAGUUCCUUCGUCCCUCGCACUCGCUCUUCACCUACUUCAACCACCUCGUUGAGCAGUACCAGAAAGUCAUCUCGCCUACACCCGCUUUGCUCGAACGAGUCAAGGUAGGUGCAUAUGGAACAACAGAUGCCGAUGCUAUAGCCCAGCAGAGGGCAAAGUUGUCUCUGGGCGCAGGCAAGGGUGGUGCUAGACCACGCGUGCUCGAGCAAGUCAAGGCGAGAGCAGACUGGGAGAGAUACGCAAGGGAAAAGCGCAAGAAGCAGGAUGAGGACCAAGAAAAGCAGAGGCAAGCCUUCAACGAGAUCGACUGGCAGGACUUUGUUGUCGUUGGUACAGUCGAGUUGACAGAAGCAGAUCAGCAUAUUGACUUGCCUCCACCACGGUCAUUGCGUGAGAUGGAGACGAUGACAUUGGCCCAGAAGAAGAUGGCAAGUAUGAUCAUGGAAUCUGAAGCUGCGGCUGAUGAUGUCGAAGAUGUAGAAGAGCUCGCGAUGCCCGGCAGGCCCUCUGCUUCCUCCUCGACAUACACACAGAAAGCCACAGCGUCGACUUCGUCUCAGACGGCACCGGUUGUGGAAGAGGUCACAGCGGGAAAAGGCUCAACCAUCAGAGUCCGAAAAGACUAUGUUCCCCGCGGUCUUGCUUCCCGCGCCAAGCCCUCUUCCGCCACCACAGCGAUGACAAAAUGUCCGGUCUGUGGAGAUCAGGUUGCAGUCGACGAGAUGGCCGAACACGUCCGAUUCGAGCUUCUCAAUCCGGCCUACCGCGAACAGCGACAGCAGUUCGAGGCGAAGAAAGCUCAGCAGGCUGCACUGCAAGCGGGUGCCGAUCCAACAUACUACCUUAAGCAACUUGCUUCUUCUCGCGAUGACGAGGAUGAGGAGGCCAGACUGAGGAGGGAGGCCGAAGAGAGGAGGCUGGCGAAGGAGAGGGAGAAGAUCAUUUGGGACGGUCACGCUAAGUCAAGGCAAGUUGCAAGGGAGAUGAUUGCCAAGAAUAUUGGCUUGGAGCAAGAAAUGACAAAGUUGUCGGGUAAGCCUCAGGUCACACUGCCUGAAUACGGCCCACAGUUCCCUGAUAUGGAUGGUGCCGCUGAGGUAGAGGGACAGGGUGAGGCAGAGGAAGUGGACGACAAGCCGAUACAACUUCCGAAGGGCAGCUCGUUACCUGCCAAGCCAGUCACAGAUUCUGCUAUCCCAUCACAGUCACCGCCGCCGACUAAUGCAGGCAUCAAGCGUCCGGCUUCCACCGAGCUUUCUCCUCCACCGCCCCCACCCGCUCCCCUCCCAUCCGCCAGUAGCGGCUCCGCAUUGGCGAGGAAGAGCGACGGAUCGCUGCACCCCGAGAAGACUUGGCUCGAAGCACACCCUCAUCCUACCGUGACACUCAACCUUUCUAUGCCUGCCGGAGAAGGGGGAUUGAAGGAUGAGCCGUACGAGGCAGCACUCAAGUCCACUAUUGCCACACUCAGAGACUAUGUCCAUCAGGAUCUGCUCAACAGCAGUAUCGCUGCGAGCAAGAUCAAGAUCAAAGUCAACGGGAAGCCGGCGACUCUGAAGCAGACAUUGGCGUAUUGGAACUUGACCGACGGUGAUAGGAUCACGAUUGACAUUGUCAAGUAG